CCAGCAUCUAUCAGCAAACCGCAUCAACACGCAAAAAUGACUGCUACAUCCCGCGCCCCAGUUCUUCAAUUCGGUCCCGAGUGGAUGAGGACGAAGCACUCUAAGAACCCACCUUCGCCGCCUCCUACGAGCGCGCACGCACCACCUGGAUCUUCAUCGUACUCCUCUCUUGUCACGCCUGCCCCGCAGACCCCACAGGAGACCAUCGAUGUCGAUAAUCCAUUCAAGUAUUCCAAGGAUGACUUGGUUAGAAUCUACAAAGAAGGAGGAGGAAGAGGAGGCUUGGGCCUGGAGGUCGAGAGGUGGGAAUGUGUCAGAGAGCGUAGUGCUGAGCCGGUGUCGAUGAAGGCCAUGUCCGAAGCGGAAAAGAAGCUCUUCACCGGCCCUCUCAACUCGGAAGUUCGCAGGCGACAAUCGUCUGACUACUUGUCACCUCUCGUGACACCUUCCGGAGAGAGGCCAAAACUAAUGCACUCUACGACGGGUGCAGCGAGUCCUUUACGAGAACGCUUUGGUAAUGUCUUAGCGAGGAGGAAUACCGGCUCAGACCAACCUACUUUGGCCAUGCCUCGAAAGUUAUCAAUGUCUUCUCUUCAAGGAGGGGCUCUGGCUUCGCCUCGAGAGGCGGGUUCCGGAUCUCCUCGUGUCCGUGGUCCUACCACCCCAGGGUCUGGUUUCGAUGGAGUGCUCAAUGGCGGUGAUUCGUGGAGCAGUAGGAGGCGCGCCUCGGAAGGCAUAGUAAAAGGACCGGCCACACGCGGUGAAGGAGACCCGGACACUGUGGCUCAGCAGCCUAUCAAUGAAGCAGAGGAGGAUUCGGGUGGCGCCAACUGGGACACUUCAGGUCCGCAAGACGAAAGAUCUAGUACUGGAGUGGGGGCACCGGAUCCCCAGUCGACAAAUAAUGUGGCGCUGGGUGGUGGGGGUCCAAACAAUGACUCUUCCGGUACCAAUGGUGCCCAACAGGACAAUGCGACGGCUCGAUCAGUUGGACCUAAUACGCCACACAAUCAUCCGGACCCUCUAUCAGCUGGCCCACCUCCAGGCCUGCCAGACCCCGCGAGUAUCGAGUGGUCUUAUCUCGACCCUCAAGGCAACAUUCAAGGUCCUUUCCGUGCUGAUAUCAUGCAGAAGUGGUUCGACGAAGGGUACUUCGCUCAGGAUUUGCUCAUGAAACGUGCGAGUAUGGACCAAGAUUGGACGACCGUAGGGGACCUUGAUACUUUGACUAAAGGAGAGCCAACCUUUUUAAGUCGCUUUCACUGUCUCCCUCCGGGUCUGUCUCGUCGUCUGGAUUCUCCCUUCGACAAUCCCGCGCAUAUGAACGGAGCCAACAUGGCGCAUGCACCUUUCCAACCCAUACCUACGCGAUCGAUGCAUCCUUCCUUUGAUCCCUAUUUCGCCUCGAACUCAACUGCCUCUAAUUCGCCUGUUUCUUCAUUCGGUGCCGCACGAUUCGUGAACGACUCCCCUGACCCUGUGGCAUUCAGCGGGAGGCCCAUGGCUCAUAUGCAUUCUAUGAACGAAUCGCCAGUCGGAUCUCGUACAGGAAGCCUUAUGGGUGAACCCAACCCAGGUCUUGUAAACAGGAGGCCAGGCUUCAACGAACCGCCAUACGACGUGGGAUAUGGAGGUCGGCCGUCUCUAGGGGGCAUUGGGCCUGCACGAACGUCGUCUGUUGACAGCUUCGGUAUGGGGUCGCCUGCUUUACCCAGUCAUCAAGGGCCUUGGCCUCCAACGGCUAUCCACCAGGGCUUCGGAGCACCGCGCAACGGGUCUGUCGAUUCCGCUGGACCGUUUACGCCUAGCCUUGCCGACUCAGGCGUUGGCGCCCCCUCUCCUUUGGCCCGAAGCUUUAGUAACAUUCGUGUCCCUCAGGAUAAUAUUGCCAGUGGAUUUGGCAGUAUUGGAGGACCGGCGCCCCUGAGCUCUACCAGUUCGUUCCCUCCAGAGGAUAGGCAAGAUUCUUACGGCAAUACCGGUCAAGGCCAUUACGCAAGUGGUUUACCCGCAACAUCACCCUAUCCCUCAGUAGCGCAACCUCCUCAGUACACUCAAUCGCCUUCUUUGCAAUACGCUUCACCUGCUCUUUCUCACAUACAACCUAACGCCAACCAAGCACCACAGCAAGUUCCGUCACCGUCUCCUUGGAAUUCUGUCGAGGAAUCGUUACCGAAGCGCACUAGCCUGAAGCCUUUCGACCCAGAGAUCAUUCCCACAUCCAAGAAUACUGUCGCUACCAGGGUCGCCAUUCCCGCUCAACCUUCGUCUAUUGCUCGUCCAGCGCAACAGUCUCAACCCACCUCGGCAGUAAAUGAACCGUCACCGUGGUUUACCGCUUCGCAAAGCGCCACCGCCGAUGGCUGGGGUCCUGUCCAAGGCCCUAAUAGUCUCACCGUCAGUAACCUCGGGCAGCAUAAUCAGCAGCAAGAGCAGGAAGCGUCACUUCACUCGCAACCAACGACGGAGCGACACGAGGAGACUCCCGCAGCUGUCGUUGCGCCUGAGCCUGCUCCUGAGGCACCAGCACCCGACAACAUUGCCCCGGUGCAAGCACCUAAGGCCUCCCGAAAGUCUGCCGCCUCUCCGGCCGUCACCAAGCCUGCUGCUCCUCAAACUCCCAAAGAUCCUUCUCCGUCUCCUUCUCCGGCCACUCCUUCUCCGGCCAAGCCUGUCUGGUCCACAGAGGACGACACGAAAAAGGCUUCCGCCAUGGGCUUAAGGGAGAUCCAGGAGGCGGAGGCGAAGAAGCAAGAGGCUCGCAAGGCUGCCGAGCGCGAGCGUGCUCGUGCUGCUGCUGCGGCUCAGACCUCCUCGCAAGAAGAGACCGCACCGUUCACGACUUCCUGGGGUCUGCCGACGUCGCAGGCUGGUAAGACGCAGAGCAAUACUCUCGCGAAGGAUACGGCCGGUCCAGCAUCAUCGUCGAGCUCGACUCAGCCUGGGACUCCUGCGCCUGUGUGGACGAACUCGACAAAGGCCGCUCCGGCGAAGAAGACGAUGAAGGAGAUCCAGGAGGAAGAGGAGAAGAGGAAGAAGCUGGCGGGCAAGGAGACGGCCGCUGCCGCCACCGCGCGUAGGGCGUACGCGGAGACGACGACAAAGGCUCCCACGCCGACACUAGCUAUUGGAGGCGCGUGGACAACAGUUGGUUCGAAUGGCAAGGGUGCGGGUGGGUCAGCUUCUCCAGCAGCGACUCGUCCUGCCAUUUUGUCCUCACAGCCCUCUGCCGCCUCAAUUACCACUGCUCGAGCACCAAGCGCCGCUGCCGCUGCCGUUCGCAUGCCUAGUGCUGCCUCAGUCGUGAAGGUUGCGCCAGCUGCGCCCAAGGUGGAAGAGACGCCGAUUGCACCCUCACCGGAGUUCAUGAGGUGGCUGAGUGACUCGCUCAAGGGUCUCAACAACUCUGUCAACCAGGAGGAAAUCAUGAGCAUGCUCCUGUCCUUCCCUCUCGAGGUCGACUCCGUCACGAUGGAAAUCAUUUCCGAGUCGAUAUACGCCAGCAGUACGACCCUCGAUGGCCGAAGAUUCGCUCAAGAGUUCGUUAGCAAGCGCAAGGCCGACGCCACCUCGAGGAAGAGCGGUGCUGCAGCUGGAAAGCAGCCGUCUAUUGCAGAUGUAGUCAAGGCGCAACCGAAGCCCACGCAGCAGUCGGAGUGGGGAGGUUUCAAGGUCGUGAACAAGAAGAAGAAGGGAGGAAAGGCAUGAGCGAUGCAUGACCGGAUGAAUGGACGACGUUUUUGAUGUGAUCUCUAUGACGAGACGUACGUGUGGGAUGAUGAUGGUUGGUGUUCGACGAACUGUGGGAUAGGGUUAUCUCUGAGGCUGGUGAUGCCUCUGUAAUGUGGUUCACGAUAUUAGUCGCGCAAUGUAAUGGUUUC